AUGACUGGAAAUCAUGAAAAAUCUCUUCGUCUCUCAGGCGGUUACAAACCUUUCUCGCUACAUCACACUCACGUCGUGCCUAACUACCUCACUCAAUACUUCACCAUUACAAGGUGGCUCGCGUGCCUGCACGCCACGAGGCCACUGCAUGCACACAUUCUGCCAACGACGUUCAACUCUAACCCUCCUCGACGAGAGGCAUUUCUCCGUCGCCGCACCAUGACACUUUGUCGCUCCGCCUACAACGCCAACGCCAACGCCAACUCCGACGACUCAAUAUCAAUUGUCGAUGAGUUGACACUA